AUGAGUCCCCUCCAAUUUCCGAUCGAUGCGAUCACGUCGCGAUUUGGCGACCGUUUUAACAGCGUUCGCUCCCAGUCAUUCAGUACGCGCUUUGCCAAUCUCCGACCAGUAUCCGAGUUCUUGGAUGUCAAGCGUAUCUCAAAGCCGGCCAACUUUGGCGAGGUUCAGAGCCGGGUGAAUUACAAUCUGUCAUAUUUCUCAAGCAACUAUGCCGCCGUCUUUGUGAUGCUUAGUAUCUACAGCUUGCUGACCAAUCCGGUCUUGCUCUUUGUCAUUAUCUUCGUGACAGGUGGUCUCUACGGAAUCGGCAAGCUUCAGGGCCGAGACCUGGAUUUGGGUGUUGCCCGCUUCAACACCUCCCAGCUGUACACCGGACUUUUACUUGUGGCGGUUCCUCUGGGCUUCUGGGCGUCACCCAUUGCUACUGUCCUCUGGCUGAUUGGAGCCACCGGCGUGGCCGUUUUUGGCCAUGCCGCUUUUAUGGAUAAACCUAUUGAGAAUGCUUUUUCCGAGGAGGCGGUCUAG